CACUGUAACGUCCGAAGUCUGGGUCCAGUAAGCUACACCCUUAUAAACGCUCAUCAUAAACGCACAUGAGCGCAGCCGUCAGGUAGCGUCUACAGCCCCUCCUCUCAGGGGCAGCGCACCUGAGCGGACAGGACGCCACACCUGGCUCACAUUGGAGCCGCGCUCAAUGCCGCGGCACAGAGACGACGGGAAAUAAACUGGCGUCGUGGGGACCGACUUCUCUUUAUGGGACAUGGAGCCGGCCUAUCGGGGUCUGGGUCGCUGUGUGUGCUGCUUCUGGCUCGCGGUGGUGUUUGACAUUGUGGGACUGGCCGUGCUCCUCCUCGGCGUGUUUGUCGACGUGUUUUUCUACGACCUGCUCAUCUACGCGGGCGCCAUCGUCAUCUUCCUCAGCCUCAUCUGGUGGGUGUUCUGGUAUUCUGGGAACAUCGAAGUGCCCCCGUCAGAGCUGGAGGAUGAUGUGGGGUUACUGAAAAAGAACAAGGGCGGACUUGGGGGCAUCAGCGGCGCCGUGAGGCGCCUCUCCAGCCGCGUGUCCACCGGCAUCCGAAACUCGUUCCGCAGGAACGGAGAACCGUCCCAUACGGCCCGCAUGCCCAGGUCAGCCUCGGGGCCACCUGUGUCACCGCCGGAGCGGGUGACCGUAGCCAUGGCAACGAUGGGCAAUACCACACAGACUGCUACCUCCUCAAUAGCAGACUGUGGCGUAGAGAUGCCCCACACCGCUACAGAGACAUCACCUGCAUAAUGACGGGUACAGGUGAGGCCUGGCGUACAGAGACUACAGACAUACAGAGCCCUAAGCCAUCUUCAGUGACUCCAGCUACUGCAAAGCCUCUUUAUUCUUUGUUUUGAUGAGAAAGUAUUCAUAAAAAUGUGAUGUCUGUAUAGUUUUUGAAAUUUGAAUGAUGAAGUUUUUAUUAUAAUUCACUCCCAUUCAUGGUGUGAUGAUGUCAGGUUUAGUACACAGAGGUAGAAAAAUGUGUUUAAGUUUCCACGUCUCAUCAUCAAAGUUGUUCAUAUAAAAAAA